AUGAAGCAACAUCUUCUGACCUGCUUUAAAUGCCCACAAGCCGUAAAAAAACAAAUUAACGAUGUCAAUAAGUCACAAUCCAACUUAACACCAGAAUCCACAACCACUUCAUUGAACUCGGAGAACACAUCAACCGAGAAAAUUAGAGAUUUAAGAGGUGUUUGUGAAGGCAAUGAACUAAAUCAGGCGGAAGAAACUGAAGCCAUGGAAUUAAUCUAUAACCUCGCUGAGCAUUGCAACAUUGACUGUCUUGUUGACCUGACUAAAUAUAACGGUAAAGAAGGUAUUUGGAGCAAACCAUUUACUUGGAAGGCCGCUGAGAAAGUAAAUCACAUUUUAUGGUGGAAGGGGAUAUGUGGCUCAAGUCAGUUAAGUAAAGUUGCACUUAGAGUAUUGACUACACCCUGCACGUCAGCAGCCACCGAACGGUCGUUCAGCACACAGGGAUUUAUACAUAGUGCUAAAAGAAACCGUUUCACAUCAGAAAGAGCGGCGAAAAUAACUUUCUUAUCGUAUAAUUGGAACUUAUUAAAUAAAGGUGAAAACAUUAAUCGUGUUUACAGUGAAGAUACUGUUCCAGAAAGGUCCGACAUGGAAGACACAGAUGAUGAUAUGUUGCACGAUGCUGCAAUGGAGGGUCACAUGCAAGAGGAUAUGGAAUCUUCUCUCAGGGAGGAUAUAUGGGAAGCUAUGGAACCAGUAGCUUCAACUUCACAACAAACUAAUCAUAUUGAAUUCGUAAAUAUUAGCGAAUGUUUAUAUGAUACCGAUAGUGAUUAG